AUGAUGCACCACUGCAGCAGCCCCACAAUCGCAUUCCUCACCUUCCUCCUUCCCCUCCUCCCUCAGACAGCACAAUCCCUCCAAUGGCGCGGGCCCCACGCAACUCCCACCCAAUUCCUACCCGACGCAGAUGGAUGGACGCCCAAACCCACCGCGGCGCCUCCAUCUCAGCACGUCGUCGCAGCCGCAAUGGGCAACACGAACCUCGAGCUCAAGCUCUUUCGUCGACAGACGGGCGGCUUGUCCAAACUACCCAACACGUGCGGCUACGUGGACGGGAACGGCGCGUACGCCUUCACCUGCUCGGGGUAUGGUUAUGUGUGCGCGUAUAACACAAGGGAAAAUGCUUUUGGGUGCUGCUCCGGGACCUCUGUCGCAAGCGAUGGAAGAAUCUAUUUCACCGACUCAUGCUACAUUGACACCAUGACGACGGGCUGCUACGCCUCGACCGAAGCGGAUCUCUGCACCGGUCUCUGCAGCUCCACUGCUGCGGUGUGCUUACAAUCCACCGCCCCGAUCUGCCGCACCGUUCUUCAAUUCGGCACCGAUGCUUUUGACCCAGCAACCUACACCCAAUACGACUGCAUCCCCCUCGGCGUCAGCACGCGGAUCUCGCUUCAGAACCUCUUCAGCGUCUCCAUCUCCGUAGAACCCGACCCCCUAUUCGACCCAAGCUACACCUGGGACGGCACGACAUUUAUUCCCACCAGCGCUACUACUACCAGGUCGACCAGCGUGCCGGUGACCGGGAGCGGAAGUUCGACGGUGACGCCGGUGCCGACGACGCCGGGACCGGUGCGGCCGCCGAGGAAUAAUACGGGCGCAAUUGCUGGGGGGGUAGUGGGCGGCUUGGCGCUGUUGGGGCUGGUGGCGGGUGGGGCGAUUUGGGGAUUGAUGAGAAGGAAACAGAAGGCUAGGCGCCAGGCGAGCGCGGUGAAUGAAGUCAGUCAUGUUACUUAUGUGCAUGACGCGAAAUGA